AUGUGGUGUAAAACUCCAGAUUCAAGUUUUUUAAGUCCAUCUAUAAGCUCUGAAUCAAAUCUUGACCUAUUAGAUUCCAUUGCAGAUUUGGCACUUUUUCAAAUAAAUGACAUACCGAAUAUUUUAGGAAAACUGCUCGAUUUGGUGUUUGUCGAUCAACCUGAUGAAUACAGUAUACAACGUAUUAAUCCACUGCUGAUACCAGAAGAUUUUUAUCACCCAACACUUGAAAUCACUGCAUCCAUUAAAUUGCAUUUGCCUGCAAAACCUGACUUAAAUAACAAAAAAGUCUUUGAUUUUAAAAAAGCAGAUUAUUUCAAAUUGAAUUUCCUACUCUCAACUGAAAAGUUAUUUGAAUAUCAUCCAUAUAGUAUUUUAAAUCCACAUAACUUUGAUUUAAUUCUUAAUCAAUUUUAUGAUGGCUUAUUUAAAUGCUUUAAAGCAUCUAUUCCUAUGGUAAAAAGAACAAUUCAUAAUGGCCCACCCUGGAACACAAAACAACUUUCAAGCCUGAAAAAUAUGGAAAACAAACAUUAUAAGAAAUAUAAGAAAUCUGGUCUACCUACUGACUACGCUAGAUAUUCAAUAUCCAGAUCAGCAUACAACUUGGCUCACACACAAUGUUACAAUAACUAUAUUCUUAAAGUAAAGGCAAAUUUCAAAAGUAAUCCGAAAUCCUUCUAUCAGUUUGUCAAUACAAAACGUCGUAUUUCUGGAUAUCCGUCAAUGAUGAAACUUGAUGACAUGGAAUCCUCAAAAGAUUCGGAGAUUUGUGACAUGUUUGCUGAUUUCUUUUCCUCCUCGUAUUCCAACAAGUGCCUAAAUCAAUUAUCCAGUUAUCCAUAUCCAAUUGUUGAGUCGAAUCAAAUCAAUUGUCCAAAAUUACAUUCAUCCACUGUAUUGAAAGCUAUACAAAAGUUAAAAUAUUCGGAUAAAUGUGGUCCCGACGGUGUACCUAGUUGUAUACUUCGAAACUGUUUACACCAACUUGUUCUGCCGUUAACAUAUCUAUUUAAUGCAUCACUUUCUAUUGGUUAUUUUCCUGAUUCUUGGAAAAAAUCAUACAUUAUUCCUUUGUUCAAAUCGGGUGUCAGAUCCAACAUUCUUAAUUAUAGAGGUAUAGCUAAAUUGAGUGUUAUACCUAAACUCUUUGAGAAGAUUGUCACUGAAACCCUAUCACACCAAGCUGCGACAGUCCUAUCUCCAUUCCAGCACGGAUUAAGAAAAGGAUUUUCUACUACCACUAAUCUACUGGAAUUUAAAAACUGA